AUGUCGUCCAAAUCAAAAAAGACUGUGUCAUCGUCGACCAAUAUUAGUGUUGUGUCAUCAGUGCAAAGCCCUCCACAAUCUAGCACUCCGGUUGGUAGCCGCCCUUCAAGUUCUGCCGGUCGACCAAACAGCCCCCUAAGUCCAACAAGACAUACGCGUCUUCAGGAAAAAGAUGCCUUACAAAAUCUUAAUGACCGUCUUGCAGCCUACAUUGAUAAGGUUCGUCAACUUGAAAGCGAGAAUUCUGGACUUCGUCGUGAAAUUCAAACAACACAGGAGGUGGUCACACGCGAGGUUUCUAAUAUAAAGGGAAUGUACGAAAAUGAAUUACAAGAUGCAAGGAAGUUACUAGAUGAUACAUCCAGAGAGAAAGCAAAAUUGGAAAUUGAUUUGAAGAGGCUAUAUGAAGAAAAUGACGAUCUUAAGAAACGCUUAGACAAGAAGACUAAGGAUUGUCAACAAGCUGAGAAUUUGGCGCGUCACUAUGAAACUCGCUAUACUGAGGAAAGCAACAAAUACAACACUGCCCUUGCUGACAAGAAGAAGGCUCAGGAUGAGGCCAGGGAGCUGGCCAAAGAAUUGGAAAAAUUGCGCAAAGUGUAUGCGGACACGCGCAAGACCCUCGAGGAGGAGAUGCUGUGCCGCAUCGAUAUGGAGAACACCGUCCAGAGUCUGCGCGAGGAGCUGUCCUUCAAGGACCAGGUAUUCCAGCAGGAGUUGCAAGAGACCCGCACCAGAAGACAGGUGGAGAUCUCUGAAAUUGAUGGUCGCCUCGCUCAACAGUAUGAGGCUAAACUCCAGCAAAGUCUACAAGAGCUUCGUGAACAACAAGAGGCCAAUAUUAAGGCCAACAGAGAUGAAAUCGAAGCUCUGUAUGAGAACAAGUUGAAGAACUUGCAAGCGGCAUCCAACCGCAACAGCAACGCGGCGACGGUGGCGGUGGAGGAGCUGCGCACCAUGCGCACGCGCAUCGAUAGCCUCAACGCCACGCUCAACGACCUGGAGAACAAGAACGCUGCCCUUAGCAACCGUUGCCGUGAGCUGGAACGCCAGCUGGAGUCGGAGCGCGCCCGCCACGCUGAGGACCUCGCGUCGCUGGAGCAGGAGCUGGCGCGUCUGCGCGACGAGAUGGCGGCGCAGCUGCGGGAGUACGCCACCUUGAUGGACAUCAAGAUAUCCCUGGACCACGAGAUCGCUACCUACCGCGCUCUCAUUGAAGGCGAGGAGGACAGAUUGAACCUAACCUCCCAGUCGCCCGGGCGCGAGUCCCGCGCGUCCAUGAGCGCGUCGGCCAGCGCGAGCGGCGGGCGCGCCACGCCCGGCCGCCGCGCCACGCCGCUGCGCGCCGCCCGCAAGCGCACGCUGCUCGACGAGAGCGAGGAACGCAGUCUGCAGGACUUCAGUGUAACCUCCAGCGCUAAAGGGGACCUCGAAGUCGCCGAGGCCUGCCCUGAUGGCAGCUUUGUUAAGAUCAGGAACAAGGGGAAAAAGGAGCAAAGUCUUGGUGGCUACCAAAUUCUUCGUAAAGCAGGAGAUCAAGAGACAGUUUUCAAAUUCCAUCGCACAGUGAAGCUGGAGCCCGGCGCGAUCGCCACCGUGUGGUCCGCGGACGCGGGCGUCGACCACGACCCUCCCAGAGACAUUGUCAUGAAGGGACAGAAGUGGUUCGUCGCUGACACCUUCACUACCAAACUGCUCAAUAAUGACCAAGAGGAAGUAGCGAUGUCGGAGCGACAACGGCGUCAGAUCAGUACAAGUGCACAAAGACAUCGUGAACUGGCGCACAAAUUCCCUCGUCGUGAACAGCUUGGAGAAAUUCGCGAGGGUGAAGAGAACUGUCGUGUAAUGUCUCUUUAUUCAUGUAUAACUAGUAAUAACAGCAUUCUGAAAAUAUUAUAUCAAAAAUGUUUAAAACUACGAGUUAACUACUUAUUUCGAUUAUUCAAUAAGAGCGAUUCGUGUAUUAUGGAUAAAACUAAUGCGGUAAAACGUUUUAAGAAGAUUCCUAUAUAUGUAGUAGAGGAACAUAAUGAAGCAUUGCAAUUUAUAUAUGCCGCUAUUGGAGGCAAAAAACUACCGUUAGAGGGAACGACUCUAGUGCAUUUUGAUGCACAUCCAGACAUGCUUAUAGAUCGUAAACUAAAGGGAAGUGAGGCCCGGUCUGGUAGACAACUUUUGCCAUUAUUACAAAUAGAAAAUUGGAUAGUGCCGGCGGCGGCGGCCGGCCAUGUAGCCCGGGUGGUAUGGCUGCGACCACCGUGGGCGAAGCAAUUUACUGACGGCACUCGCACAAUUCAUGUCGGAGACCACCCAGAGACGGGCUUGCUACGAGUCAACAGUAAAGAGCCUUAUUAUUUAUCCGAUGCUUUAUAUUCACCGCAGUUACUCAAUACAAAACAAUUUUUAUACACAGUUGCGGAACUUAGUCAAAAUUUUAAUGAGAAAAAGAUAGAAGAGUUGGCACAUAAUCUUGAUAUAAGUGAACCAUAUGUGCUCGAUAUAGAUUUAGAUUUUUUCAGCACGGGAAAUCCGUUUCUUAAUUUGUUUGAGGAAAUAAAAUUGUACGAUCGCUUAGAACCUAUAUUUGGCUUUGAAAUUCCAAUGGAUGAUAAUGAAAAAACCAUAGAAAAUUUUUGUAUAUUAAGAGACAGUCAACUACAAGAACUUGAAAGUUUAUUUGAGCAUUUAGAAAAAUAUGGCAAUUUAGAAGAAUAUACGGGUCCGAAAUCAAAGCUGUUUGAAAAAGUUACCAGUUUAGUUGAUAUUGUAAAAAUAGAAGCGAAUAGACUAGGUGUUAAACCCGAUUGGUGGGCGAUAUUUGCCGGUGGCUGUACUCGAGACCAAGGAGGCCUGCCCUACCACAUAAGUACUGAGGAAGAUAUGAAAGAAAUGAUUACAAAAUCAUUCAAAUUAUUUUUAAAAUAUUUACCAACUCCUACAUUGAUUACUGUUGCGAGAUCGACUGAAGAUGGAUACUGCCCUUCACAUCAAGUCGAAUUUAUACAAACCUUAGUUUUAGACAUUUUAAAGGAAGUUUACAAUAAUACGGAUAAGCCUUUCCUGCAUUAUUUAAGUUCGAAA